CAACUCCCUUUUUUCUUCUUCUUUUAUCUUUAUCUAUCAUAAAAAUAUAAUGGCCACUCCUACUCUUGCCCACUUUAAGUUACCUCAAAUCGACAACGAGCCUAUGCUCAACUAUGCUCCUGGUUCUGCUGAAAGAGUCAAGAUUGAAGCAGCUGUAAAGGCUAUGGUUGCUCAAGGUACAGUCGAAAUCCCUGUUGUCAUCAAUGGUGAAAAGAUCUUUACCGGUAAGGUUUCUGAACAAUUAAACCCUUCCAACCACAAGUCUGUUGUCGCCAAGUAUCAUGAGGCAGAUGCUGUUCUUACCCAAAGAGCUAUCGAUGGUGCUUUGGCUGCUAAAGAAAAGUGGGAAUCCCUUCCUUUCAAUGAUCGCGUUGCUGUCUUCUUGAAGGCCGCUGAUUUAUUAGCCACUAAGUACAGAUACAAGGUCAUGGCUGCUACUAUGCUUGGUCAAGGUAAGAAUAUCUGGCAAGCCGAAAUUGAUGCCGCUGCAGAGCUCUGUGAUUUCUUGCGUUUCAACUGCAAGUAUGCAGAAGAAAUUUAUUCUCAACAACCUCCCAAGAAUGCUUCUGGUACUUGGAACCGUACCGAAUUCCGUGGUCUCGAAGGUUUCGUUUUGGCUGUUUCUCCCUUCAACUUUACUGCCAUUGGUGGUAACUUACCUGCUGCUCCUGCUUUGAUGGGUAACGUUGUUCUCUGGAAGCCCUCUCCUGGUGCUGUUCACUCUAACUACUUGGUUUAUGAAAUCCUUGUUGAGGCCGGUUUGCCUGCUGGUGUUAUUCAGUUUGUUCCUGGACCUGCUGAAGAAAUCUGUGGUCAUGCUAUUGCUUCUCCUGAUUUUACCUCUCUUCAUUUCACUGGUUCCACCCAUGUCUUCCGUAAGUUGUGGAGAGAGAUUGGUAACAAUAUUGAUAACUAUAAGAGUUACCCUCGUGUUGUUGGUGAGACUGGUGGUAAGAACUACCAUUUGUUGCAUCCUUCUCUUGAUGAAGAUGGUGUUCGUCACGCUGCUCUUCAAACCAUUCGUGGUGCCUUUGAGUACCAAGGUCAAAAAUGCUCUGCUUGUUCUCGUGCUUACAUUCCCUCUUCCAAGUUUGCUCAGUUCAAGAAGGAUAUCGUUGAGGAACAUGCCAAGAUCUCUCAAGGCCCUGUCACCGAAUUCCAUCAUUUCUCAGGUCCUGUUAUCAACAAGUUUGCCUUUGACAAGAUCAAGUCCUACAUUGAUCAUAUUGCCGUAGAUGAUGAUUCUGAAAUCAUUGCUGGUGGUAAGUGUGAUGACUCUGUCGGUUACUUCAUCGAGCCCACUAUCAUUGUUACCAAGAACAAGUUUGCCAAGACCUUGACCGAAGAAAUCUUUGGUCCUGUUGUUACCAUCUAUGUUUAUGAGGAUGCUGAUUUCGAAGCAACCUGCAAACUUGUUGGAGAAACCACUCAAUAUGGUUUGACUGGCGCUUUCUUUGCCAAGGAUCGUGACUCCAUUGUAAAGGGUUCCAACUUGUUGCGUAAUACCGCAGGUAACUUCUAUAUCAAUGAUAAAUGUACUGGUGCUGUGGUUGGUCAACAACCUUUCGGUGGUGGACGUGCUUCCGGUACUAAUGAUAAGGCUGGUUCUUGGUCUCUUUUGACUCGUUUCAUCUCUACUCGUACCAUCAAGGAAUCUUUUGUUCCUAUCGAACACUUUGUUUAUCCUUCUAACGCUGUCUAAUUAAGACAGCUAUAAGAAAGAAAAAAUUUUCAUCCUCUUGAUUCUUAAACCAACAAACCAUCCAAUUGUAACCAAGAAAAAAGGAAAAUUCAUUAGACCAAAAAUACUUUAUAUACACCCUGGAUUUCUC